AUGAAAUGUGUCAUACCUGGUACCAAUGUGAAAAUAUUGGCAAGAGCAAUACACGCACUUGGAAAAAUAGGAGAAGAAUUAUAUGUACUACCUCAAGAGAGAUCAUUGUCAUUUCGCACUGUCAGUAUGACUAAUUCAGCGUACUGUGACUUUACAUUUAAUGAUCAAUAUUUUUCGUACUACAAUUUCGGUAAUUUGGAAGAAGAUGAUGCGUCUAAAUGCAAAGUUUCUAUGAGAGCAGCAAUGAGCGCAUUUAAAACACCUAAUCUAAUGGACAAAUUAGUAGAGACCUGUCACAUUAAAUUGCAAGCAAAUGCAACAAAACUUAUCAUUGUACUUAACUAUAAAAACAGUGUACGAAAAACAUUUCUCUUAGCAAUUUUAAAUUGUGAAAAUUUACAGGCUUCGUACAAUAAAGAUAAUGUUCCAAAUCAUUUGAUAGUUCAGCCGAAAAUUUUGUCAGACGCGGUACAAAAUUUUCAGCAAAAUUUAACUGAAAUAACAUUAGAUGUCUCAUCAGACAAAAUAUUACUCAGGAAUUACGUCAAUGACACUUCUAACUUAUCAAAUUUAACACGUACUCAACUCGCUUUAGCAGUUGGUGAAUUUGAUACAUAUACAAUAGGUCAAGAUGCUUGUGUUACAUUUUGUAUGAAGGAAGUUCGUCCAAUAAUGUCUAUAGCUGAGUUGGUUGAAAGACCGCUUCACUUAUUAUUUGAAGUCGCUGGAAGACCAGUUGUUUUCAUACUGAAAGACAUAUCAUUCGAAGCAAACCUAGUAUUAUCAACAAUAAACCCAGACCUGGGUAACUCAGGACUCUCGGAUGCGUCGAUCCACAACCGAAGACAAGCUGUGAAGAAACGUGGCGCCUUGCAAAGAGGCACUAAGUCAUCAAAGACUAAAGAAAAGCCAGCGAAGAAAUCUAAAGUGAGCUCUGUCGCUGGUAGCAGUAUGAUCCAGUCGGUCAACACUGACAACUCUCCGAUGACCAAGGGCAAGAAAGUUCCAACGAUAGCUGAAAAGGCCGUCAAGUCUCCACGCACUAGCAACGACUCAGAUCGAACUGUUCCCGUCAGCGACGGCUCCGGGAGAAGACGAUCUAGUCUUAUUGCAGAGACUCUUUCUGAACAAUCCACGCCAUCGGGUAGAACGCUCAGUGGUGCUUCCUCGGCGUCUAUUUUCACCCCAGCUGGAAAAAGACGAACCAGUGGUAAUGACGGAAAUUAUUUUGAUGAUCAACCUAUGGAACAAGACGAUAUUGUUCCGAGUUCUCCGCCUCCUAGGUCCAGCAAAAAGGCCAGGAUGAUUUUUAAGAAGUGCCUUCAGGCUACUUUUGAUCCUACCUCGUUACCAGGCCAUGAUUUGGUGCUCGCUAAAGAUUCUGAUGAAGAGUCUGAUUAA